AUGAUGCACUUGUCGUUACAACUAUGUAAGCCGAAGACACUGGCGCACAUGUUCCGCAAGUUGAAACUGGCGGGUGCUCAUCCGGAUGUCUUAUGGGCCGUUGACGCUCAGAAGGCACAACACAACAGUGAGGAGAUGAUACGACUAGAAACCAUGAUGCACCAGCGGAGCACCCCUGGUGCGAGUAAUAAUCGCCAGAGUACCGCAGAAAGUUUCACAUUUUGGCUGACAGAUAAUCAACAGCAGCCCCGUGCAUUCGCAGCGGGCCGCAGUUCAUUGCGAUCUGUUUCGUGCACCAUAAAUCCCAUAGCCCCAACGCGCACAAUCAAGCAGCAGUUGACUCAGUUGUUUCGCGAUGCUGGUGUAUACGAAGAUUUUGAGAUUGGUGGUGAGGGGGUUGAAAUGAAUCUUGAAUCUGUCCUACGACAGGCGGACGAGCGGCAAGAGGAACACCUACAACAGUCCGGUACCUUGUACAUUCGCGGGGACAAGUCUAUUGAGAUGUUGCGUCGUUUUGGUGUCUUGCUAAUCAUCGAGGAAGAAGGUGUCACAUAUUUAGUUACAUUACCGGAUGUUCUUGACAAACCUGUAGAUGACACGCCAUCAACAUACACUCCGGCUAGGAGUCUCAUCGGCCCUGACGGUGAAAUCGAUCCCAGAGUUCAAGAUUACAUUCGUGAUCGCGGGCUCCGUGCCUUCGAUCUGCGGAUGGCUGGGAGCCAUUCGUCCGUUGAGCGCUUCGUUUCUGCAUUUGAGCGACUUGAACGGCUAUACGAAGUGCACCGCGGGCGUGCUAUGCGCUCCUGCGUUUGUCUUGUCCUUUCAAUCAAAGCGCCAAAGUGUUACGUGGCGGAGGAUGGUUGUAUUGUUCUUUCUGUACAGCAGAUGCCCAUGUGGGAGGAGUUUCUGCUUUCGCUUCCGCAAGAAGUGUGGCAAAGCUGCGUGCAGAUGCACAGAGACUGGCGCGUCGGGAAUGCACCAAAGUUUCACGAACGACAGCGCCAACUGAUGAAGGUGGCAGACAUGUUUCACUUCUUCCGCGUAAGACUUGACGGUUGUAUCGGAUCACAAACGGACUGGCAGCAGCAGUUCAUACUUAGCAUGCAAAAGGAGGAGAUGAUCGUACGGAACGCAGUGAAAAAGUAUAACCUGAAGUCGGAGUUACUGAAGAGACGAGGCGAAAUAUGUGUAUCGAAUACCCUUCGUAGCGCUGUCGACCCCACGAAAGAAAUAGGUUAUCGGAUUGGGGGAGAUGGUCGUGUUUAUUUCAAUCAUAGUGCGAUGAAUACAGGUCAAAUGCUACGAGCACUCAAAGACAAUCUUCGACGGCUUGAAACUUUUCAGAAACAGCACGACGACGCAGUAGCGACGCUGGAACACAUGAGUCGCAGUAUCCCCGUCGACUUCAGCGUGGAUACCAACUGGAAACUUCGGGAAGAGGGAAAUUUGGUAAGUUGUUUACAGCGGUUUGUCAGAACGAUCAAGGCGAACCAAACUCAGCUUUCAGCAUUCUUGACAAUGCUGUUAAAGAAACGAGAUGGUGCGGGAGCACCCAAGAAAAGAAUGGUUUGGAUCAUUUCAGAAAGGUUUGACACACUUCCCAGUGGUGUUGUUUAUAUCCCAUGGGACGUCGAUUUUGACUCGAUAAAAAAACAUUUACUUCCCUCAGGGUGA